AUGACUACACCUUGGGAUCCGCCAGAUGAGAGACGAGAUCGACUGCAAGGCGUCAGACCUGCAUCCGUUACGCCAGAAGGCGUUGGACCAACUGCGAUCUUGGCCGAAGCACGAAUUCCUGCACGUAAAGCCAGUGCUGCCUUGCAGCGUGAAGAAAGCGAGAUCGUGACAUCAACAGGGCCUGAUCACGCUGAACAGAUUGCACGAAAUUCUGCAACCAAGGUCAGCCAGAUCAGUGACACACUAAAUCGGACGCUGCCCCCGACAGUGAUGUAUGAAUCUGUUGUGCGACGUAUACGGGGUCAGCGGAUCAAGCAGGCACAAGACGAAGAGAAGUGGAUCGUCGAUCUAAAAGCGUAUCUGAACGGUGACCUGAGUGAUCUGUCGAACUCGAUGAAGACAGUGUUUUAUUUCCCGAGGACCCUGACAGGAGACGAAGAUAGCUAUGACGUCGUCAGACUGCUAGCACCGGAAAGCAUACAACAGGACUUCCUACAGUAUUACCACACGAGCCUUAAAGGAAGCCAUCAGGGUGGCGGAAGAACAUACCGUAAAAUCUGGACGCAUUUUCACUAG